UACCCGUGGCUUACACAAACGCGGCCCCUACUCUCUGUUGGACCUUCGAAGUUUUGGCUGCGCGCCAUGUGUUCGACCAAAUGCCGCCUCCUGCUCAGGCGGCUCCACGACCGCCAUUUCUCCACCGCCCCGCCACCUAACCACCGGAAGAGCAACCCGCAAGUCACCAUCCGGUGGCCGGAGCGAUACAGGCCCUCUACCGAUGCCGGAGACACGGCGAGGGCCCAUGAGGCCACCGUCAGGAGGCUCGCGGCGGCAGGCGACGUGGACGGCGUCCAGUACGCCCUGCAGGAGAUGCGGCUGCGCGGGGUGGCGUGCCCCGAGGGGGCCCUCGUCGCCGCCAUCUGCGCCUUCGCCCGCGCCGGCGCGGCCGACCGCGCGCUCAAGACGUUCUACCGCGCGCACGACCUGGGGUGCGCGGCGCCCACCGUGCGGGUGUAUAACCACCUGCUCGACGCGCUGCUCCGGGAGAACCUGGUCGGUGCGGUGGUGCCGGUCUACGACAACAUGAGGAAGGCCGGCGUCGAGCCCAACGUGUACACCUACAACCUGCUCAUGAAGGCGCUGUGCCAGAACGACCGGGUCGACGCCGCGCGCAAGAUGCUCGACGAAAUGGCCAGGAAGGGCUGCCAGCCAGACGCGGUGAGCCAUACGACGAUCGUUUCUGCGCUGUGCAAGCUGGGCAGGGUGGACGAGGCCAGGAGGGUCGUGGCAGAGACGGUGCCUGUGUGCUCAUCGUACAAUGCCGUCGUUCACGCGCUCUGCAGGCAGUUCAGGAUGCUGGAGGUGCUCUCGGUUAUCGACGAGAUGAUUCACCGGGGACUGCACCCAGAACCUGCCACGUACACAAGCAUAGUCGAUGCGCUCUGCAAGGCCGGGGAGCUGAGGAUGGCUUGCGCCAUUUUGGCUAGGAUGGUAACCGAAGGUUGUGCUCCAAAUGUUCAAACAUUCACUGUGUUGGUCAAAGGGUUCUUCGAUGAUGGAAAGGCGCAUGACGCGAUUGGCAUGUGGAAUUGGAUGGUGGCUGAAGGAUGGGCACCAACGACAAUCUCUUACAAUGUUCUCAUCCGUGGCCUUUGCCACACUGGUGAUCUAAAGAGGGCAUCGUCUGUUUUCACUGGCAUGGAGCAAAACGGUUGUUUUCCUGAUGUAAGGACCUAUUCUACUCUCAUUGACGGAUUCUCCAAAGCUGGGGACCUAGAUGGUGCCAUGUCAAUAUGGAAUGACAUGACAAAUGCUGGUUUCAAGCCAAACGUUGUUGUUUAUACAAAUAUGGUGGAUGUGCUUUGCAAGAAGGCGAUGUUUGAUCAGGCAGAGAAUCUCAUUGAUAAGAUGUCGAUGGAAAAUUGUCCUCCUAACACAUUGACAUUCAACACCUUGAUCAGAAGCCUGUGUGAAUGCGGAAGAGUGGGAAGAGCCUUGAGUGUGUUCCAUGGUAUGGGAAGAUAUGGAUGCUCUCCAAACGACAGGACUUACAAUGAGUUGCUUCAUGGUCUUUUCAGGGAAGGAAACUGCGAAGACGCUCUUCGAAUGCUGAUCGAGAUGCUAAACCAUGGGCUUGAGUUGACUCUAGUAUCUUACAACACUACUAUUAGUGGUCUGUGCCAGAUGGGAAGGAACAAAGAAGCUAUAAUUCUUCUCGGGAGGAUGAUAGUCCAACAAAUUCAACCAGAUGCAUUCACUUUCAAUGCGAUAAUUCACGCUUACUGCAAGGAAGGGAAUGUCAAGGCUGCUGCUUGGAUGUUAGGUCGAAUGAAUGCAGUUAAUUGUCCACGCAACAUAGUUGCAUACACAAGUCUGAUGUCAGGGCUGUGCAGUCAGCACAGGUUGGAUGAUGCCAUGGUCUAUCUCUUGAAGAUGUUAUAUGAAGGUAUAUGUCCAAAUGAAGCAACAUGGAAUGUGUUGGUCCGUGGGAUAUUUACACACAUGGGCACCAUCGGACCAAUGCACUUGAUUGAGCAUAUUUACGAAGAUUUAUAAGAGUAGCCCUAGAGAACUUCGACAAACCUCAGGCACCACCAGACCAACGUACUUGAUUGAGCAUAUCAUUGAAGAUUUAUAAGCAUGUACUCGGACAGUCCAGUGGUGCUAUCAUCGGACAAGCAGCAAGUCUCUUUGAUAGUUCACGAGGCUGCACAUGAAGAACAAUGAAUUAGAAUUACUCAAAAGAAGUAAGAGAGGACAUGGACGAAGACCAAGAAGUCAGCUCUACAACAUAUGGACCACAAGGUUGGCUCUGUAUGCUAUAACUUUAGCUGUUCAUAGAUCAAUAGUGAUUUUGUAUGUGAUUUACCAAUUUUAUUGGGCUCACUUGAACCAAUACUAAUACACUGGCUUUUACCCUGAAAAUUAGUAAAAACAACAAAAAUCACACUGCAGCAGAUGAAAAUAUAUUACCUGAUAAUAUUUUAGCAUGUAGUUUCUUCUCUUCUUCAUUGUUGCAGUGACCAAAUCCCUUUCAAUAUCAAAAGGCACAGGAUCCAACACUACACCUUGGAUGUACUCAAAACCUCGUAGCUGAUCCGAGACAUGCAAAGAGGGUUAUAUAUGUGAUGCUUAGAUGCAGUGAAGAUUUAAAACGAAGGAGGCUAUACUCUAUAGAAACUUCUGAGUUCCUCUUUGUUGUAAUGCAAAAGCGAAAACCAUGUUGUCCAUAAUGCUAGGAGAAUUUGAUGGAUGACAUGAUGAACCAUGUAAUAUGUU